GCUCUAGGCGAUGCCGAGCAGCUCGGACACGGCGCUGGGGGGAGGCGGGGGCUUGAGCUGGGCGGAGAAGAAGUUGGAGGAACGCCGCAAGCGGAGGCGAUUCCUGUCCCCUCAGCAGCCGCCGCUGCUGUUGCCGCUCCUGCAGCCGCAGCUCCUGCAACCGCCGCCGCCCCCGCCGCCUCUGCUCUUCCUGGCUGCUCCCGGCACGGCCGCCGCCGCAGCCGCCGCCGCCGCGGCCUCCUCCUCUUGCUUCAGCCCGGGCCCCCCUCUGGAGGUCAAGCGGCUGGCGAGAGGCAAGAGGCGCGCAGGAGGGCGGCAGAAGCGGCGCCGCGGGCCCCGCGCCGGGCAGGAGGCGGAGAAGCGUCGGGUCUUCUCGCUGCCCCAGCCGCAGCAGGACGGCGGUGGCGGUGCUAGUAGCGGCGGGGGUGUGACCCCGCUGGUGGAGUACGAGGAUGUAAGCUCCCAGUCCGAGCAGGGGCUGCUGCUGGGGGGGGCCAGCGCGGCAACGGCGGCGACGGCUGCCGGGGGAACGGGGGGCAGCGGCGGGAGUCCGGCCUCCUCCUCCGGCACCCAGCGGCGCGGGGAGGGGUCGGAGCGCAGGCCCCGCCGGGACCGCCGCAGCAGCAGCGGCCGCAGCAAGGAGCGCCACCGCGAGCACCGGCGGCGGGACGGGCAGCGCGGCGGCGGCGGCGCCGGCGAGGCCUCCAAGUCCCGCAGCCGCCACGGCCACGGCGGCGAGGAGCGGGCCGAGGCCGCCAAAAGCGGCAGCAGCAGCAGCAGUGGCGGCCGCCGGAAAAGCGCCUCGGCCACGUCUAGCAGCAGUAGCAGCCGCAAGGACCGAGACCCGAAGGCCCACCGGAGCCGGACUAAGUCGUCCAAGGAGCCGCCGUCGGCCUACAAGGAGCCGCCCAAGGCCUACCGGGAGGACAAGACCGAGCCCAAGGCCUACAGGCGGCGGCAGCGGUCCCUGAGCCCGCUGGGAGGCCGGGACGACAGCCCGGUGUCCCACAGGGCCUCGCAGAGCCUGCGGAGCCGCAAGUCCCCCAGCCCGGCGGGAGGCGGCAGCAGCCCCUACUCGCGGCGUCUGGCCCGCUCCCCGAGCCCUUACAGCCGCCGCCGCUCCCCCAGCUACAGCCGCCACAGCUCCUACGAGCGGGGCGGCGACGUGUCCCCCAGCCCAUACAGCAGCAGCAGCUGGCGCCGCUCCCGGAGCCCCUACAGCCCUGUGAUCAGACGGUCUGCCAAAUCCCGAAGCAGAAGCCCAUAUUCAUCUAGGCAUUCAAGAUCUCGUAGCAGGCACAGAUUGUCUAGAUCCAGAAGUCGUCAUUCUAGCAUUUCUCCUAGCACACUAACUCUGAAGAGUAGCUUGGCAGCUGAAUUGAACAAGAAUAAAAAAGCACGAGCUGCAGAGGCAGCACGAGCUGCAGAGGCAGCGAAAGCUGCAGAAGCAGCUAAGGCUGCUGAGGCCGCUGCCAAAGCUGCCAAAGCUUCAAACACUUCUACACCUACCAAGGGGAACACGGAAACUGGUGCCAGUGCAUCACAAACCAACCACGUGAAGGAUGUGAAGAAACUUAAAAUUGAGCAUGCACCUUCUCCCUCAAGCGGUGGAACUUUAAAAAAUGACAAGGCAAAAACAAAGCCACCUCUUCAGGUAACAAAGGUGGAUAAUAAUUUGAUUGUAGAUAAAGCCACCAAGAAAGCAGUUGUAGUUGGAAAGGAGGGUAAAUCUGCUGUUACAAAGGAGGAACCAGUAUCUCUUAAAGAGAAAACCAAACCACUUACACCAAGCAUAGGAGCCAAGGAGAAGGAGCAACAUGUGGCUUUAGUGACCUCUACCUUACCGCCCUUACCUUUGCCUCCCAUGCUGCCUGAAGACAAAGAUGCUGAUAGCUUACGAGGAAAUAUUUCAGUAAAAGCAGUUAAAAAAGAAGUAGAAAAGAAACUGCGAUGUCUACUUGCUGAUUUACCACUGCCCCCUGAGCUACCAGGAGGAGAUGAUCUCUCAAAGAGUCCAGAGGAAAAGAAAACAGCAACACAGUUACAUAGUAAAAGGAGGCCUAAAACUAUAUUUGAUAGAAUAUGUGGGCCUCGCUAUGGUGAAAUCAAAGAAAAAGACAUUGACUGGGGAAAACGCUGCGUGGAUAAAUUUGAUAUCAUCGGAAUUAUUGGAGAAGGUACCUAUGGACAAGUUUACAAGGCCAGGGAUAAAGACACUGGAGAAAUGGUAGCCUUAAAAAAAGUACGCCUGGAUAAUGAAAAGGAAGGCUUUCCCAUUACAGCAAUUCGAGAAAUUAAAAUUCUCCGGCAGCUUAACCACCAGAGUAUUAUCAAUAUGAAGGAAAUAGUGACCGAUAAAGAAGAUGCUUUGGAUUUUAAGAAGGAUAAAGGUGCAUUUUAUCUGGUGUUUGAAUAUAUGGACCAUGAUCUGAUGGGACUACUGGAAUCAGGCUUGGUUCAUUUUAAUGAAAAUCACAUAAAGUCAUUUAUGAGACAGCUCAUGGAAGGUCUGGAUUAUUGUCAUAAGAAGAACUUUUUGCAUCGAGAUAUUAAAUGUUCAAAUAUUCUUCUAAAUAAUAGAGGGCAGAUAAAACUUGCAGAUUUUGGACUUGCUCGAUUGUAUAGCUCAGAAGAAAGUCGUCCAUAUACUAACAAGGUCAUCACUUUAUGGUACCGUCCACCUGAACUGCUGCUGGGAGAAGAAAGAUACACACCAGCUAUUGAUGUAUGGAGCUGUGGAUGUAUCCUUGGUGAACUCUUCACUAAAAAACCUAUAUUUCAAGCAAAUCAGGAGCUUGCACAACUAGAAUUAAUAAGCCGUAUAUGUGGAAGUCCAUGUCCUGCAGUGUGGCCUGAUGUAAUCAAACUACCAUAUUUCAACACCAUGAAACCAAAGAAGCAAUAUCGUCGAAAGUUAAGAGAAGAAUUUGUUUUUAUUCCUGCAGCUGCACUAGACUUAUUUGAUUACAUGCUCGCCUUGGAUCCUAGUAAGCGCUGCACUGCAGAGCAGGCUCUUCAGUGUGAGUUCCUGCGGGAUGUGGAACCCUCAAAAAUGCCUCCACCGGACCUUCCUUUAUGGCAAGAUUGUCAUGAGUUAUGGAGUAAAAAGCGAAGAAGACAGAAGCAGAUGGGCAUGACUGAUGAUGUUUCCACAAUUAAAGCCCCCAGAAAGGACUUGUCUCUGGGCAUGGAUGACAGCAGAACUAACACGCCUCAGGGUGUGCUGCCGUCUUCACAACUGAAAUCUCAGGGCAACUCGAAUGUAGCACCUGUAAAAACAGGCCCUGGACAGCAGUUAAACCACAGUGAAUUGGCAAUCCUACUAAACCUACUACAAUCUAAAACAAGUGUUAGUGUGGCUGAUUUUGUCCCAGUGUUGAACAUUAAGGUAAACUCUGAGACUCAACAGCAGCUAAAUAAAAUAAACCUUCCUGCUGGAAUUUUGGCAACAGGUGAAAAACAGACAGAUCCAUCAACACCACAACAGGAGUCUUCGAAACCGCUGGGAGGAAUUCAGCCUUCUUCCCAGAACGUCCAGCCUAAAGUGGAGACUGACGCGGCCCAGGCUGCUGUGCAGAGUGCGUUUGCGGUUCUGUUGACUCAGUUAAUAAAGGCCCAGCAGUCAAAGCAGAAAGACGUGCUACUGGAAGAGCGGGAAAAUGGAUCGGGACAUGAAGCGUCUUUACAGCUCAGGCCGCCUCCGGAACCUAGCACUCCGGUGUCAGGGCAAGAUGACCUCAUCCAGCACCAAGACUUGAGGAUAUUGGAGCUCACGCCAGAACCAGAUCGGCCUCGUAUUCUGCCUCCUGAUCAGCGACCUCCUGAACCACCUGAACCACCACCAGUCACUGAAGAAGAUCUAGAUUAUCGGACAGAAAACCAGCACGUACCCACCACUAGUUCUUCGUUAACUGACCCUCAUGCCGGAGUGAAAGCAGCCCUGUUACAGCUCCUUGCUCAGCAUCAGCCCCAGGAUGAUCCCAAAAGAGAAGGUGGUAUUGACUACCAAGCAGGAGACACUUACGUCCCCCCUUCAGACUACAAGGACAACUUUGGGUCCUCUUCUUUCUCUUCUGCUCCUUACGUUAGCAGUGAUGGUCUCGGAGGCGCCUCUGCUCCACCACUGGAACGACGUAGCUUCAUUGGAAACUCAGAUAUUCAGCCCUUGGAUAACUACAGUACUACUUCAUCUCAUUCUGGUGGCCCACCUCAGCCUUCUGCCUUUUCCGAGUCAUUUCCCAGUUCAGUAGCUGGAUAUGGAGACAUUUACCUCAAUACAGGUCCCAUGUUGUUUAGUGGAGACAAGGACCAUAGAUUUGAAUAUAGCCAUGGCCCCAUUGCAGUCCUGGCAAACAGCAGUGACCCUUCCACAGGGCCAGAGAGUACUCAUCCUUUGCCAGCAAAGAUGCACAACUAUAACUAUGGUGGUAACUUACAGGAAAACCCAGGUGGCCCUGGCCUCAUGCAUGGACAGACCUGGACUUCUCCUGCCCAAGGACCUGGGUAUUCACAAGGAUACAGGGGACACAUUAGCACAUCAACUGGCAGAGGUCGAGGCAGAGGGUUACCAUACUGAGUAUCUGUUUUUCCUCAGGCACAUCGUUUUUAUCUGGAAAGACUUUUCUAGCUGCAGUUUAAGGCAGCGAUCCAAGAGACUUGAAUAAUAUUAAUUCAACAACAGCUUUAUUUUUAUGUGGAAAAGGGUCUUGCAUACAAUAGUUUAAAAAAAAAAAAGACAAAAAAAACACCUUUGCUUAAAUUCAUGCUGUUCUAAAAAACUAGAUCUAUUGAUUGUACAUCUUCACAAAUUCUAGUUAACAAUUUUAUUUUGUAUUCUUGCAGUUUUAAGUGGAUGCUAAUCUUAGGGACAUAAAAGUCUUUUAUGGCCCUCUUGCAGAUCUUCUGAACUAUGCACAUUUGUGCUUUUUUGUAAGUUUGGACCAACUUUUAUGUAACAAACAACCAACCCCUCCCCCCUCCAGUUUUACAACAAUCAGAAAGGGCACUGAUUUAUUUGGUAUUUUUCUUUUUACAAAGCUACCUUUAGUCAAAGGUCACUGUCAGUCUUUGCACCUGCUUUCAGUGUUAUUGUGAAAGGUGUACUUUGUGCUCAUUUCAGAAAAUAAAACACAACCUUUCUCUUGA